AUGAUCACCAUCCACCAGGACGCCGAGUGUAUGGCAAAUAUACUGCCGGCCGUGCCCGUGCGCGCGGAGAAGCGGUUCUUCGCCUUUCAGGACGCUAUCUCGGCCCCGGCAGCCCUCUCACUCUCGCAGACCGGCACGCUCACCCUCGUGAUCGAGCAGGACGGUGUGCCUGUCUCUCAUAAUUUCAGCAAACAGCUGGGUAUCUUGAAUUUCGUGACAGCCUUUGAUGCUCGCCAAGGUGAAGGCGGGAACCUCAGUAUUGCUAUCGCUGCUGAUUCGGGUGACGGGGGAAGCAGUAGUCUUCACUUGAUCUGUGACGUUGCCCCAGGCCAGCUCGUUGAUCUCGAUCCACAAUCCGAUGCGAUCCAGAGUGCCGUUGGGGUUUCCUAUGUGCACGACGUUUUCAUCUUGGUGAACGGGAACUCCCUCUCGUGUUCCUGGCCUUCCAACCUAGCGACAAAAUCACCAAAGAAGAGCAGCUUGGCUUUGUCAACAUCAAGCAAUCGGGUAGUGGAGAUGAGUUCGUUCCUGGACACGACAUGGAAGCUGGCCACCAAUCCGCAAAAAUUGAUUGCCGUGACGUUCGGCACCUGUCGCAUCGGGCAGGGUGCGUUCGUCUUGUAUCAAACCCCGAGUGGCGCUGUCAAGUUGCAAUUCCGGACAUUCUGUGGAAAAGGCUUUCAAGCCGAGCCCCGGUGUCCGAGCGGUGCGACCUGCCUCACCUCCUUCGUGCAUCCAAAGACGGGCUACUCAGUGCUCCUCGUGGGCGGAACAACCGUCACUUCGUUCACUACCCAGCAAUACACUUCGGCCACUUCGGCGGGAACGACUAUCAUCGGUGCCUCUCAGACCACGCCAUUGAAGAGCAUGCACGCCUCCGCCGCGGGAUCUAGCGUCAACAUCUGGUACACUACCGCGGAGGACAGUGCCUAUAACUACAUGGCCGACGCCGACACGCUAGCCAGCGGCAGUCUCGUCCCGAUUCUCGCAGCAGGCCACGGCUGCCGCAUGUCAGGUCUCGUCACGGCCAAGCCGUCCGCUAGCUCCUCGGCUUCUGGGGCUGAUAGCACCGUCCUCGUCAAGACCGUCCUCUUCGCCGACCACAGCAGCGAUAGCCUCAGGCUCAUGCAGCAGGCGUCCGACACGCAUCUAUGGCGCGCGCGUCCGUUCUACGCUGCUUCGGCCGCCGAGAACUUCACGGUCCGUGGGUACACUACGCGAGUGGAGGCCGUGUCGGACGACAGCGACGAGCGAGCCACGAUCCCCGGAUGUCAGCUGCACGUGGUGUGCUCCGGCUACCUGCGCGCCAUCGUCAACGGGAAGGUGGCCACAUUCUCGCGCGGCGGCGACUGGUACGAUGCCGAUCAGGCCGGGGCUCUGACAAUCAUCAGCGAGGCGACCGACAUCGCCAGUUCCAUCAUCCAUGUCGACGGCUUCAGGCCGGGUCCGGGCACGCCGCCGGACAGGGCUGAGACAGAGCCCGUGUUUUCGGUCGGAACUGUAGACCCGACCAGCAAGACGCUGGACCGGCUCCGCGAGAUCACGACCGGUAAACAGCUGCUAGAGGCAAGACUGAAAACCAGAGACUACUUAGUACAGCCGGGAAGUAUCACUUCCGAUGUUGCCGAGAAAGCCGCGAGGGCCAUUAGCCUAUUCCUAGAGCAAGUCGACGGCAAGACGGCACACUUUUCUAUUUUGGACAAGUUGGACCUUACAUCGUGGGUUCCUUUUGCUUGGGUAGAAGAGAAAGCCACGGAGGCUGCCAACUUGGUUGUCGACCGCGUAGGUGAGUACGAUGGUGUCUCGUUCGUCGUCUCCAUCGCUGAAGAUACAUACUCCUUCGUCGCCAACACGCUGGAGACGGCGAAGAAAGGCAUGUCCUGGGUACUAUCCAAGAUCGGUGUAGGUAUUGAGAAGCUCAUCGAGUUUGCCGGAUUCGUCUUCAACUGGCCCGAUGUUCUCAAUACUGUGGACAACUUCGCAGCCUACUUCAACUCCAGCGUAGACUACUGCACAGAGCGGGUUGACUCGCUCAACGUCGACAUCAAGGCCUGGCUCCAGCAAGUACGGGCCGCCAUCAAGGCAGACCGGCCGUCUCUCGAGCCGUUCAAUAACGGCAAACGAGAAAUAGAGAACUCGCCGGUGAAUGAAGAAAGCCACCGCAUUGUGUUCAGUGUCCCGUUCAACUGGUCAUCUUAUCAAAUGAUGCACGGGAUAGUGUUUGCAAGUGCGGCCACAGACGAACCAACAAGUAAGACCCCGAUCAGCAUCCUCAAACAUCAUUCCUGCCAAGACAGCGUCCUCUCCGACUUGUGGCAGCUUCUCGUGGACCAGUUCCAAACCGUCGCCACCUUGAUCGAAAAUUUAGCCGAUGGUCUGUACCAAAUCUUCAGCUCCAACAACUGGACUCUCGAAGACGUCGUGUCCAAGAUUACCGACGAUAUCUUGAACGCGGCUUUAAGCUCGCUUGAGAAUGUCGUUAAUGCUGUUCUGAAAACUGUCAGCCGUAUUUUCGGCCUGUUCAGGCAGUUGGCCAACACCGAGAUGGAAUUCCCCGUCAUCACGGCGCUGUGGAAAUUCAUCUCGGGCGAUCGCCCCCUCACGCUGCUCAACUUCUUCGCCUUAAUCCUGGCCAUCCCGACCACCGUCAUCUACAAGCUCGUCAUGGGGAAAGCCCCACCGCUCUUGGCUGGCAGGCUAACGAAGAAUACACUUGCCAAAUACAUCGACGGGGCUGAUAUCUCUGAAGAUCCAACUCUGGGGGCCGAUAUGAACCAGUUUGCACCAGCAGCUGUUGUCGUGGUUCAGUUCGUGGCACUACAGCUCUGGACGAUCAACACGGCUCUCCGCUACGCUCAGGGCUCAGGGACAAGUACGGCGAGCCCGGGCAAGCGCGUCGUCAUCAGUCCAUCUUUCGCCCUCCAGUCGCCCAGCCUGCACAACCAAGUGUUGAAUAAAGUCCAGGAAAUGCUCGAUGGUAGCAUGCUGGAUCUGAUCGAAAUAUUCCUGAGGCUUCCCACAAACCGUCACGACAGGAUGGAUUAUCUGCGCUGGUUUGUGAGUACACUUGAAUUUAUCCACUCCUCUCACUCAUCCUCCCUACCCUCUCUUCGCAGCAUUGGAGGUUGCCUUCAGUAG